AUGGAGCGGCGGGGCGCGGGUUCGGGUCCCGGCCCGGCCCCCGGCCCCGGCUCGGGCGCGGCGGCGCUGGCGGCGCUGGGCCGGCGGCUGCUGUGGGCGCUGCCCGCCUACGCCGCGGGGCUGCUGGGGCUGGGCGCGGGCGCGGUGCUGCUGGCGCUGGCGCUCUACGCCGGCUGGAGGCGGCGGCGGCGCCGGCAGCGCGGGCUGAGCCUGGCCGCCCGCCUGCAGAGCGACGAGGAAGCGGCCGUGCGCGCCGCCGCCGCCGGGCUGGGAGCGGCCCGCGGGGAGCUGCCGGCCUGGGUAAGCUUCCCGGACGUGGAGAGGGCAGAAUGGCUGAACAAGGUCCUGGCCCAGCCUGCCCUUUUUUGGCAGUACAUGGAGAAGCUGCUGGUGGAGAACAUCGCCCCGGCCAUCCGCGCCUACAACAGCCACCUGCAGACCUUCACCUUCACCAAGGGGGGACAUGGGCGAAAACCCCUCCGGGUGCUGGGGUCCGGCGACCCUGGCAACCACAAGAGGCAGAUCCUGCUGGACCUCUCCCCAGCCUACGUGGGUGAUGUCCAUAUCGACGGGGAGGUGAAGAACGUUUUCUGCAAGGAGGGGGUGAAGGGGCAUGCCAGACACGAGAUCAUGGACACCAUCGCCUCUUACCUCGUCCUGCCCAAACGCCUCCCUGGUGCCACGGGUGACCGACUGCACGAGGCCGCGCAGCUCCGCUGCCCCUGCCCCGGGGCCGUGUGUGCGUUGGCACAUCCGGGCGCCGGGGACCUGCGGAGCAAGGUACCGCUUCAGGGGGGGCUGGUGGAGGGCAAGUCGGACCCGUACGCCGUGCUGCGCGUAGGGCCCACCCAGGCUUCGUCACCAGCCCGUUUCGUCCCCAACACCGCAACCCACCUGGACGAGGUUACGAGUGGGAUCGAGGUGGAGCUGUUUGACAAGGACCCCGACCAGGACGACCUCCUGGGGCCGGUGAGGGGCCGGCUGACCCCGGGCCUGGCGGGCAUGGUUCCGCUGCAGGACGGGGGCCAGGGGCGCCUCCACCUGCGCCUAGAGUGGCUGACGCUGCUGUCCCGACGCCUCCAGCUGGAGGAGAAGCCGGGCAAGGAGCCCAACCCCAUGGUGCAGGUGUCGGUGCAGGACGUGACACGGCCGGAAGCCAAGGUGGUCUACAACACAGCUCCCCCGGUCUGGGAAGAUGCUCGCUUCUUCCUGCACGACCCCGCCAACCAGGACGUGGACAUCCAGGUGAAGGACGACCCCCAGAGCAGCCUGGCUUCGCUCUCGGUGACACCUCUCUGCUGCCUGCUGGAGGCCCCGGAGCUGACGCUGGCGCAGCCUCCCGUCUUGAAGCACGCGGGGCCCGCCAGCCGCCUCUACAUGAAGCUGGCAUCAGGGUGA